AUGGGAGAUUCAGUAAAGUUUCUGAAAUCAAGGUUAAAAAAGAGUACUAAACUACCAGAUAGCUUUAAUUUUCCAGAUAUCACUGAAACAAGUAACGAUGGCCAGCAGAUUUGGCCUAUAGCCGGAGAUGGGUUUUCAUUGGUACAACGUAAAAAUAAACAGCAGCGAACGUUGACUCAUGAAAUCAAAGAUGUCAAUGGAGAUGUACUUGGAGUUGAAGUUACAACCAGCAAGACAACCACAAACUCAUUGUAUCUAAAAAAUUCCACCAAGUUGUUGAAACCAGAUGAUAAUUCUGAAUUGAAAGACAAUGUCCUGGCAAAUGCAUUUAGAAUAUGUAUUGAUAAGCAAGAUCUUGUGAAAAUAAGAGAUCCUAAUAUCUGGCCUUCAGGUGUUAUCAUCAGAGAUUGGAUAUUCAACAAACAUCCCAAUCAAAUCAAAGAGCACACUAUGGAGUCAUCCAACAACAAAAACAUCAACAAAGAAUAG